CUCCGGCCCAGCUCCUUGCGUUCCGCGCCGUCCGCCGCAGCUACGGGCCCGUCCAUUGGCCUGCUCUAGCAGAGCAGCUCCAUGCCUGCUGAUACUUUUUGCACUCGUUUCUGGACGGCUGCAGGAAUGCCAUUGAGAAAGCUGAAACAUACUGCCUCUAUCAACGCCUCACCUCGCCCGCCCGCCAUGAGGUCGAGGAACUCGGAAGACGCCCUGCAACGCCCACUCGUCUAGUACAUACUUCAUGUCUCUCUUGCCUCCAGUGGUUAAUCGCCGCCAUUGGGUUUUGACAUGACCAUGGCAGAUGGGCCGGGGGCCAAACCAGCGCUCCAUCCGUUGACUCCGGACGACCGUGGCCCCAUCAUCAUCAUCGUUACUUAUUCCUGGAUCUUCAUCACCUCUAUCGUCGCAUUCAUUCGCUUUGGCCUCGCGUGGAACCAAAGGUUACGCUUCAAAGUUGACGAUGGGACGUACCUCCUCGGGACGUCGCUUGUCGUCGCGAGCUCAGUGUGCUUCCUUAUUGCCGCGAACAACGGUCUCGGGAAACGGAUGAAGGAUGUCGAGCAAGCUGAUCUUGACGACUACUAUAAGGCCAUGUAUGCGGGCGAAUUAUUGGCAAUCGCCGCCAUGGCGUCGGCAAAGACAUCUGUCGUCCUGCUCAGCGACCGCGUGGCACCGCAAGAAACGCGCUCAUACAACAUCAUGCUUGGCCUGGUGGCCUUUUGGAGCACAUUCUCGAUAUUCGGUAUUGCAUUUCAAUGCGGCCUCCCGGAGCCGUGGGUGUACAUUCCUGACGACUGCCCAACCAAGGGCUAUCUCUAUUAUCCUGUCAUCAUCCUAAACAUCCUGACUGAUGCCGUUCUUGCGGUAUGGAUUCUUCCGACGCUCUGGAAGCUUUUGAUGGAUACGGGAAAGCGCGUCACCGUUAUGGUCUUAUUUGGAUUGCGCUUGGUUGUCUGUUGCUUUGCCGCUGUGCAGCUGUCCUCCGUCGCCCGACACAUACGCGAUGAGGACGUAACUUAUGAAGCGUUUGGCCGCGUUCUCUGGGGACUCUGCACCGCACAUAUGUCGGUCCUACUAGCAACGCUCCCCCGAACCAACCGCUUCAUCACAGCACUUCAGAGCAUGCAUACCUCAGCCCUCCUUACGGACUUUGAACUCGCGCACCCAAACGGGACGCGGCGGGUGCCGCCUAAGGACGUAUCGUAUGGUAACUCAGAUGCCACAACGACUACGGCGCCCGAAGACGCUCACACCCGCUCACGUUCCCAUUCCAACCAGCGCUCCCAGCGUUCCCAAUCCCACUCGCCGUCGCGCAGCCAUCGGUCUGCACAACCGCUUGUAGAAGUACCAUUGCAGUUGACGCCUAGCGCGGAGCAGCAUUUCAGCGCCGAAAUCACAGCUCAAGUUCAGAGUGGCUCCCACGAUGAGAGGAAACAGCAGAAUUCGAGAAGGUACCAUCUCGAUGAUUGGAGGAAGUACAUGCCGCGAAGUAGCAAGAAGGAGGACAACAUGAACGUAUCGAGUAUGUUCUCUUGGAGCUCGAGGACAAGCUACGGUCAUGAGCGGAUAGUGCAGACGAGGGAGGUCACUCAGGAGGUGGAAGUUGUGCCACCAAAGGAGUCAAGAUGGGUUCUUUCGAAGCCUCGGAGGUUGAGUCGCGGAUAACGGACUUUAGGUGGGAAGUGGUGCUUUGGCGUCGUUGUUCAGUCAGUACUGGGGGUCUUCGAUGGCGUUUGGGCGGCUUGAUGAGCGAUACCCCAUGCAUUUCUAGCUAUUACAGGCCUCGGCCUUCAUUGAUGGAUACGCAGGGUACACAAAGGGCAAUUGCGGAGCUUUGGCUCGGUUCGGAUAAAAUGGGAUCUUUGCCGAUAGACGGUCAAACCAAAAUCUA